UCGGGGCGGCUCCGGGCGGGCGGAGCAGCAGACGUGCAGGGUGGAGGCGCAGUCUGCACCAUGUCGUACCCCGGGCACCCUGGCGCCGGCGGCGGGUACUACCCAGGCGGGUAUGGAGGGGCUCCUGGAGGGCCUGCGUUCCCCGGACAAACUCAGGAUCCGCUCUACGGUUACUUCGCUGCUGUGGCUGGACAGGAUGGGCAAAUUGAUGCUGAUGAGCUACAGAGAUGUCUAACACAGUCUGGCAUUGCUGGAGGAUACAAGCCUUUUAAUCUGGAGACUUGUCGCCUUAUGGUUUCAAUGUUGGACAGAGAUAUGUCCGGCACCAUGGGGUUCAAUGAAUUUAAAGAGCUCUGGGCUGUGCUGAAUGGCUGGAGACAGCAUUUCAUCAGUUUUGACAGCGACAGGAGUGGAACAGUGGAUCCCCAGGAACUCCAGAAGGCCCUGACCACAAUGGGAUUCAGGUUGAACCCCCAAACUGUGAAUUCAAUUGCGAAGCGCUACAGCACCAGUGGGAAGAUCACCUUCGAUGACUACAUCGCCUGCUGCGUCAAGCUGAGGGCUCUCACAGAUAGCUUUCGAAGACGGGACUCUGCCCAACAAGGAAUGGUGAAUUUCUCAUACGAUGAUUUCAUUCAGUGUGUCAUGACUGUCUAAGUCACGAGGAGGCUGUCUGAAUACACUCAACAUUCCAGCUGGAGCCUGCCCCUGCUUCCUCCUGGCCUGCAGUGCUGUGUGUACAUCUCCACCAACAUCCCUGACAAGUGUCGAGUGGGAUUAUGGCUUUAUAUACAGCUGAAGCUUCAUUUUUAAUUUUGAUAAUAAAUUCUUGAAGUUCAAUAAUGUAAGAACAA